AUGUCGAUUAAGAACUGGACGAGAACGAUUUUCAAGUUUAACGAUUUGGUUGAGGUAUCACUUUAUCGCUCAUCGAGAACCCGGCUUCAAGUUGCCGUCGGCAAUGUGCCCGGUCCGAUGGUCAAGGGCGUCAUUUCGUUUGUGACCGAGGCUGACAAUAAUGAUGGCUUGCCACACACAUUGGAACAUCUCGUCUUCAUGGGGUCAAAGAAAUACCCAUACAAGGGUGUACUUGAUAUCAUCGCCAAUCGCUGUUUGGCCAGUGGCACGAAUGCGUGGACCGAUCAGGAUCAUACCGCUUAUACUUUGUCAACGGUGGGAAGUGAGGGCUUCUUCAAGGUGCUGCCGAUCUACUUAAAUCAUCUUCUGGAUCCAUCACUUACCAAUGAACAAUUUCUCACUGAGGUUCACCAUAUCAACGGUCAAGGCGAAGAUGGAGGAGUGGUCUAUUCCGAGAUGCAAGAUCACGAGAGUGAGAUGGAGACAAUCGUUCAUGUAAAGGCUCAACGCUUGCUGUAUCCAGAAAAUAACCCUUACGGCGUGAACACCGGGGGAGAAUUGAAAUACUUGCGAGAAACUUGUUCAAUCGAUAAAUGCCGCGACUACCACAAGAAAUUCUAUCAUUUACAAAACAUGUUGGUCUCGGUGGCUGGAACAUUUGAGCACGAGCGUUUAUUGGAGAUCAUGUCUCAAAUUGAGGAAAGCUACCUUGAGAAGAUACCGUCAGCUUUUGCUCAACCGUUUUCCUUCACGCUUCCGCCAAUCGCACAGAACCAAGAAGUUUAUAUCCCUUGCCCUGCCGAUGAUCCAACAAGGGGAAUCGUCGAGAUUCAUUGGUUCGGACCGAAUUCUGAUGAACACGAGGUUGUUACAGCUCUUCAUAUCUUGUUUGAUUAUAUGGAGAAUACGGCCGUAUCGCCAUUGCAGAAAGAUUUUGUUCUCAUCUCGGACCCAUUUGCUUCCAAUGCUACCUUCUCUGUUAAUGAACAAAAGUCUUGUGUGAUCACACUUUCCUUCCAAAACGUCCCCAGCAAUAAAAUCAGAGAAGUUGCAAAGAAAUUCUUUGACAAAACGUACAAUGACCAUUUGGUUGAUGAUGCUUUCGAUUUGCCGAGGAUGAACGAUAUUAUUGAACAACACAUUCUCUCAACUUUGGCUAAGGCGGAAAAUAAGCCGCAUGACGCGAUCUUUGGUCAUUUGAUCGGCCAUCAACUGUACGGUGAAAAUCGAGAUGAUUUGCUGUUGAAGCGUUUGGAUGAGAUUGCAACUUUGCGCCGCUUGAAGAAAGAAGAUGCCAGCUUUUGGGUUAACCUGUGGAAGAAGCAUCUGAGCCAGCCGUAUGUUCUUGUUGGUGGUCUUCCCGAUGAGAAAUUGGUCGAUGAGAUCGCUGAUAAAGAAACGCAACGAAUUGAUGAACAAAAGAAGAAACUUGGCAGUGAUGGGCUCAAACAGAAAGAAAAGGAUCUCAAUGAUGCGACUAAAAAGAACACGGAGUCGAAGCCACCACAAGUUUUAUUGGAUGAACUAAUUGUUCAACAGCUCGAGAAGUUUGCUCGAUUCAAGAUUGAUUCAUUGGAAGUGUCAAAAGAAACACAAAAAGGCGACCUCGAGAAAUUCCCGCUCGCGACUAUGCUCCACUUGACAGAAUCGAAAUUUUUCCAGAUGUAUCUUCUGCUUGAUACGCUCAAGCUAUCAGAUGAACAAAAGAAGUGGCUGAUGUUAUUCACCGAGUUGAUGUUCGACUCUCCUGCUUAUGUUGAUGGUCAAUUGUGGUCGGCUGAGGAUGUGGCCAAGAUGUUCACAAAAGAUCUUGUUGAUUCGGCGCGCUUCUCGAACUUGGCAAAAUGGGGAGAGAUCUUCACAAAGGGAAUCCAUUAUGACGCAAAGAGGAUCAAGAUGAUUGCUCAAAGAUUGGCUUCCCUUGCACGAGAGAGCAAACGGGAUGGAGUUGAGGUAGCGUCUUCGCUGAUUGCCAGUCUUUGCUACGAGAAAGGGUCUACCACAUCUUUGUACGACACGAUUGUAUUGGAAAAGUUCCACGAACGCGUCGUUGAACUCUGUGAUUCCAAUCCAGAUCUUGUUGCCAGCAAGUUGAGCGAGCUUCGAUCAGUCCUUUUGGAUGGCGGUGUAAAUAUUCAUCUUGUGGGCGACACGAGCACUCUAAAAACACCAAAUCUGCCAAUUUGGGAGUCAUUUAAGAAGGAUAAUGCCAGCUUUUUCAAGGUUCCAAUGGGUGAAUCAGUUAUUUGUGGUAAACAACCAGAGGAGCGCAAUGUUGUGAUUGGAGUUGGUGGCAGUGAAAGUAGCUUUAUCUACCAAACUGCUGUGACUGGUGUUGACUGGCUAAGCCCCGAACUUGUCCCGAUUAUGUUGUUGACGCAAUAUCUCAGCCAAACAGAAGGACCACUUUGGAGAGCUGUGCGUGGAGACGGUCUAGCCUAUGGUGCUAACAUCUACACAAAGCCUGAUCGUAAAACAGUUACACUGUCACUUUACCGAUGUGCAGAUCCCGUUAAGGCCUAUGAACGAACCAAGGAAGUUGUGGAGGGAGCCAUCGCUGCUGGGAAGUUGGACAAGAACGAGUUCGAAGCGGCAAAGCGAUCGCUAAUUUUUGAGUUGAUCCAGAAAGAAGAUGGUAUUUCGAAUUCGGCACGCGAACGGAUUCUCGGGCAAUUCCGUGGAACUGGCGAUGCAAAGUUUAUCAAUGACCUUUGCGCAAAGAUCUGGGAUGCUUCAGUGAAGGAUGUGCUUGAUAUUGGAGGGCCAAUCAUUUCAAAGUUGUUCAAGGAUUAUUCUCGGGCCGUGACAAUCCAUCCAUCGAAGGUGAAGAAUAUUCGAAAGCACUUCGGGAACAUCGUUGAGCGACCAAUCUCCUCGUUGAGUGUCAAGCCCGAUUUU